UUUUAGCCAUCCUCCUAGAGAGAAGGCUGAGACUUGUGCUAUAUAAACCCGGGCUGAGGCACUGCUCUCACUUCUCUGGGUUUGGAGGGGCUUCCAGGAGUGAGAAUGAAGCUCCUUUGUGCAACUGCCUUUGCACUCUUUGUGCUUUCUGCUCUUGAUUAUGCUGAUUCCUCAGCUUAUGACAAAAUAGUUAGCCACAGCCGCAUUAGGGCAAGAAAAGAAGGACCCAACGUCUGUGCACUCCAGCAAGUCAUGGGAACAAAGAAGAAAUACUUUAGCACUUGUCGUAAUUGGUACCACGGAUCCAUUUGUGGAAAGAAAGCGACUGUGCUUUAUGAGUGCUGCCCAGGGUACAUGAAGCUUGAUGGCAUGCUCGGUUGUCCUGCAGUUGCUCCAAUUGACCACGUUUAUGGAAGUUUGGGUCUCGUGUCUGCCACUUCAACCCAAAACUAUGCCGACAUUUCAAAGCUAAAAUCUGAGAUCGAGGGGCCGGGAUCUUUUACUUUCUUUGCUCCUAGCAAUGACGCAUGGGACAAGUUGGACUCAGAAGUGAGGGCUGCACUGGUCAGCAACGUCAACAUCGAACUGUUCAAUGCUAUGCAUUAUCACAUGGUUAACAAACGCCUCUUGACCAAAGAUUUAAAGAAUGGACUGAAAGUAACUUCUAUGUACAAUGACCUAGGUCUCCAUAUCAAUCAUUAUUCCAAUGGGGUGGUGACUGUGAACUGUGCAAGGAUUAUCUAUGGCAAUCAGGUUGCCACCAAUGGCGUUGUGCAUGUCAUCGACCGUGUCAUCACCAGUGUUGGAAACACCAUUAAGGAUGUCAUUGAAGUCAAUGAAGACUUGUCAACUCUGAGUGAUAUGGCUCUAAGCGCUGAACUGCUUGAUAAACUUGGUCAGCAAGGACACUUCACUCUCUUUGCUCCCACCAAUGAUGCCUUUGAUAAGAUUGAUGGUGAAGUAAUGGAAAGACUUUUAAGAGACAAAGACGUUCUCAAAGCUCUCCUGAAUUACCACUUGCUGGACUCGGUCCAGUGCUCUGAGGCCAUCAUGGCUGGAACUUCUUAUGAGACCCUGGAAGGAAACAAUAUCGAAAUCGGCUGUGAUGGAGAAAGUCUGACAGUUAAUGGCAUCAAAAUGGUGCUUAAAAAGGAUAUUGUCACUUCUAAUGGUGUCAUCCAUCUCAUUGACCAAGUGCUCAUGCCAGACUCAGCUAAACAGGUGAUGGAUCUGUUGGGAGGCUCACUGUCAACCUUUGGUGACAUGGUAGCCGAGCUUGGCAUUACCACUGAAAUGAUGGCAGAUGCUGAGUACACUUUGCUGGCCCCGCUGAAUGCUGCCUUCACUGAUGAAGUCAUGUCAAUGGAUCAAAGGGACCUCAAGAUUAUUCUGGAGAACCACGUCAUUAAGAGUAGGUUUGGCCUGGGAAAACUGUACAAUGGCCAGAGGCUGGAGACAAUUGGAGGAAAAUAUCUCAGGGUCUUCAUUUACCGCACGGCUGUGUGCAUUGAGAAUUCCUGCCUGAUAAGAGGCAGUAAAGAAGGAAGCAACGGAGCCCUUCAUCUCAUGAGGACAAUGCUGAAAUCAGCAGAAAAAACUAUGUUUGAAAUUCUGACGGAACGUGGAGGUUUCAGUGUAUUUUUGUCUCUAAUGGAAGCUGCCGGGUUGACGGACCUGCUCAAACAAGAAGGAGAUUUCACUCUGUUUGCCCCAAGCAACAAGGCUUUUUCAGUUCUAAGUGACAGAGAUGUUGCCUUAUUGAAAAGUAACCCGAAUGCCCUCAAAACCAUCCUUUUGUAUCACUUCAGUAAUGGUGUUGUCAUCGGGGGCGGUUUGGAGUCUGGAGUGACAAAUCUUGUCAAGUCCCUCCAGGGCAGCAAAGUUCACAUGAAACUUGCAAACAGCACAGUGAAGGUGAAUUCAGUUCAACUCCAAGAAGCCGAUAUUAUGGCCACAAAUGGUGCCAUUCACGUUGUCGACCAAGUUUUGUACCCCGAAGACAUCCCUGUGGGGAACCAGGAUCUUCUCGCAUUACUGAGGAGGCUCAUUUCUUAUAUACAAAUUAAGUUUGUUCAAGGAUACAGGUAUGAGGAAAUACCGCUUACAUUUAUGAAGAAGAUCAUCACACGUGUUGUCGAUAGAGGUCCUAGUGUAUCCAAGGUCACAAGGAUCGUUGAAGGCCAACCAUCUGUCACCAAGGUUACCAGGGUCGUUGAAGGUGAACCCUCCUUCACCAAGGUUACCAGGGUUGUUGGAGGUGAACCCUCCUUCACCAAGGUGACCAGGGUCAUUGAAGGUGAACCCUCCUUCACCAAGGUUACCAGGGUCGUUGAAGGCGAGCCCUCCUUCACCAAGGUUACCCGGGUCGUUGAAGGCGAGCCCUCCUUCACCAAGGUUACCAGGGUUGUCUCAGGACCUCAAUCUUCAGUGAGAACUGGCACCACAAACAUCGCCCUGGAGGGAAUUGACAUUACAAAAUUUGAAGGGGAUGAGGAGCGAUUUACCCGAUUGGUCCAAAAAGGAAGGAAUAAACCCCGAAGAGUUUUAGAUGCUAACAGGAGGAGAGGGCAGAACUGAGCAUGGACAGAUGAGAAGAUCUUCCAGGAAAAGAAGACAAACUGAGGGUUUGAAACCGAUGUCAAACAGCAGAUAAAAGUGUCAGUUCCUAAAUGUGGCUGCCAAAGCUGAUGAAAAGAAGAAGUCUUGUGAUAAACACACAAACUUAAUGGUGCUUUUACUGUAUACUGUAUACAUCUUAAAACUUUCCUAAUUCAUUAUAAAAAGUUGAAACGGAUUUAAUUUUUCCUUGAAUCUGAAAAUGCAGAAAGCGAGAGCAGCAAGCAUUUCAAGUUGUUCCAAUUUCUAUAGAAACAUCAGAUUUCUAAUCAUUUUAUGGCUUUGAUCAAGAUGAUUGUUAGAGUCAGCAGAUUUUACGAGCUGUCUGGGAAGAAAUUAAUACUAAAUUAGAAGCAAUCACUUUUCUUUUCCUUGCUGUUAUUUUAGUUCACUGGCUUUAAGUUGUUGUAUCUGUGUGUACAUUUCUUCAGCUGCUUUUAUUUUGGAACAAUGUAACCAAACCCAGGCAUUCCUCUUUCUAUUUCCCAAACUUUCAGCAAUAAAGUGCUUUUGUGUAGAUAUCUA